ACUGACCCGCAUUAGUGCUUGAGCUAUUAUUUGUGUUGUAUUGGAAAUCUGACAGUUCGUUCACUUUUGUGAGGAUGCCACCUAAGACGAGCGGUAAGGCCGUGAAAAAGGCUGGAAAAGCCCAAAAGAAUAUAUCAAAGGCUGAUAAGAAGAAAAAGCGCAAGAGGAAGGAAAGCUAUGCUAUUUAUAUCUAUAAAGUUUUGAAGCAAGUGCAUCCCGACACUGGUAUUUCCAGCAAAGCUAUGAGCAUCAUGAACAGUUUCGUUAACGAUAUCUUUGAACGAAUUGCUGCAGAAGCAUCGCGUUUAGCUCAUUAUAAUAAACGUUCGACUAUCACGUCCCGGGAGAUUCAGACUGCCGUGCGACUUCUGCUUCCUGGUGAACUCGCCAAGCACGCGGUUAGUGAGGGUACGAAGGCCGUCACUAAAUACACGAGUUCCAAGUAAGAUGGGAUAUAAUUAACGAUGAAUUCUACAAGGCGUCCAACAAACCUAUAACGGUCCUUUUAAGGACCACAAAAUAUUUCUACGAGGAACUGCCAGUUACAUAUUUAUUUCUACCUAAUCUUCGUUUGUCAUUGCUCUUAAUAAAUUCAGAGCAGUAUUCUUUCUAUCUAGGAAAAAAUCAUCUUUUUUAAAUCACAGAUUAGCGAAGCUUAAAUUUCCCAGGUUUAUCUACUUACUCGGACAGAAUUCUAAGAAACAUGAUGCAUCCAAUUAAGUUAUUCAUUCUCAGUAAUUUUUUACUUUCUUGCCUGAGUAACAAAACGUAGGAAUGAAAUCAAUUAUUUAGCAUAUUUCUUACGUUCAGAAUUCCAGCUAUGAUAGUACAAACGAACUUUUUAUUAUAUGUAACAGUUCUCUAUGACAACUGCUACUUUAAAUAAAAAAUGCCACUAAACGAGCUUAAUGUCA